UCCUCUGCAUAAACGCAGGCCAGGUUCCUAUUGGCUGGAUCCUCUGAGGGUGACGUCAGGGGCGUACUAAGGCCAGGGUUGGGCCUGGAGUCGGAGCCAUUACUGCAGAAAAAGGUCCCGAAACCUGAGCAGUCAAGAUGUGUGACUUCACCGAGGACCAGACCGCAGAGUUUAAGGAGGCCUUCCAGCUGUUUGACCGAACGGGUGAUGGCAAGAUCCUGUACAGCCAGUGUGGGGACGUGAUGAGGGCCCUGGGCCAGAACCCCACCAACGCAGAGGUGCUCAAGGUCCUGGGGAACCCCAAGAGUGAUGAGAUGAACGUGAAGGUGCUGGACUUUGAGCACUUCCUGCCCAUGCUGCAGACUGUGGCCAAGAACAAGGACCAGGGGACCUAUGAAGACUAUGUCGAAGGCCUUCGGGUGUUUGACAAGGAAGGGAACGGCACCGUCAUGGGUGCUGAAAUCCGGCAUGUCCUUGUCACACUGGGUGAGAAGAUGACAGAGGAAGAAGUAGAGAUGCUGGUUGCAGGGCAUGAGGACAGCAAUGGUUGUAUCAACUAUGAAGAGCUCGUCCGUAUGGUGCUGAACGGCUGAGGGCAGCCCUUCCCAUGUCCCAAGAGUCCCGUGCCUUUCCCUGUGUGACACUGUAUCUAGCCCUGAAGGCUUCCUCAGGCUGCCCACACCAUUCCCGUCUUGUCUCUCUUGGAUAAUCUGCCAGCAGCAUUCACCAAAUAAACUUGUUCUCUGCCCA